AUGGCUAUUACCAUAACGCUUGGUCCCAACGGCCAGUAUCAUGUCAAUAAUGGGUCAGGGCGUGAACAGGAACCUGAUAUUCACUUCCUACCUAUUUCCGGAUCAACAAAGCUCCGUCGCAUGUUGAACGAAACAAAUGAAUUGAUUGUUUGUCCCGGUGUUUAUGAUGGCCUGUCAGCACGUGUUGCAAUGCAACUCGACUUCAAAGCCAUGUACAUGACAGGCGCAGGUACUACAGCAUCUCGACUAGGAAUGGCCGACCUCGGUCUCGCUCAACUUCACGAUAUGAAAACGAAUGCAGAGAUGAUUGCUAACCUCGAUCCUAAUGGGCCACCGCUAAUUGCGGAUAUGGAUACCGGAUAUGGAGGACCUCUCAUGGUGGCGAAGUCGGUACAACAAUAUAUCCAAGCCGGCGUGGCUGGAUUCCACAUUGAAGAUCAAGUACUCAGUAAGCGAUGCGGGCACUUAGCUGGAAAGAAGGUUGUUAGCAAAGAAGAAUACCUAAUGCGACUUCGUACCGCCAAACUUACCAAGGACCGAUUGCAUUCAGACAUCGUUCUAAUUGCUCGGACUGAUGCGCUACAACAGCACGGUUACGAAGAGUGUAUCGAUCGGCUCAAAGCGGCGCGCGAUCUUGGUGCCGAUGUUGGCCUCCUGGAAGGGUUCACGUCUAAGGAGCAGGCCCGUCAAGCCGUUCAAGAUCUAGCCCCUUGGCCGCUGUUACUCAAUAUGGUGGAAAAUGGUGCCGGUCCCGUGAUUACAACCUAUGAAGCUAAGGAGAUGGGGUUUCGCAUCAUGAUCUUCUCAUUUGCCUCAUUAGCACCGGCUUACAUGGGCAUUAAAUCUGCUCUGGAGAGACUCAAAACUGAAGGGGUGGUAGGCACCCCCGAGGGCCUAGGUCCUAGAAAGCUUUUUGAGGUCUGUGGGCUGUCACAAUCAAUGAAAAUCGAUGCCGAUGCCGGAGGACUCGCCUUCUCCAAUGGAGUGUAA